GCUGCUGUGUGUGACCCUUCAGCUCAAGGUAGGCUCAAGCGUAGAGGAGAGAGAAUAUAAUGUGUCAGGAUUUUGUUACCAGGAAGUGGGUCGAGUUAUUUAUAUUUCAACACUCGUCCUCUCGUACCCGAGGGUGAACCAGUGGUAGUAACCUGAAACUAUAUAUUCAGGCAUUGUCUGAAUCUAGAUGUGUCGAACUGAGAGAAAACAACUGACUCCAUGUUUAGGAACGAUGAGGACCAGUAGGAAAUAUCUGUAAAUGUAAAAGAAUGUAAAGGCUGUGAGAAGGUGACUGUGAAGGAUUCAACAUACAGCAGAGGUGUUGGGAUGAAGCUCCAUGAGAAGAUUUUGACCCAUUACCUAUCAUGCACCUCUCCAGUAGAUAAAGAGGGAUAUCUCUACAAGAAGAAAGAGAGAAAUGCCACCUACCAGCGGCGGUGGUUCGUCCUGAAAGCAAACCUGCUUUUCUACCAGGAGCGCCCAGCUGACCGACACCUGCUGGGCGUCAUUGUGCUGGAGGGGUGUGCAGUGAGACACUAUGAGUCUGAUGGACGGUUUGCCUUUUCCCUGGUGUUCGAGGGGCCCGGGCUCAAAACCUACAGAUUUGCAGCGGUGGAUCAUCAGACUCAGGAGAGCUGGGUGAAAGCUCUGCUGUCAGCCAAUCACUGUUACCUCUCCCUGCUGGUCAAGGACCUGGGGAGGCAGUAUGAAGAGGCUAAACAGCAACAAAGCUCUGGUGACUCCCAUCACAGCUCCUCUGCCAGGGCCCUCAAACAGUCCACAACCAGCUUCCUCUUCCCUGUGCAGGGGCCAACAGCCGUGGUGAGGGAGAGCAGAAGCCUCAGUGCCAGCACAGUUUUACAAGCACCUUCAAUACCGACUAGAGCAAAAAAGUCACCUAAACUGUGGCCCAAGAGAAAUGCUCUCGUCACACCACUUAAUGGACCUGCGCCUCUGUAUGGCGAAUGGCCUUUGGUGGGUUUUGAUCCACUUGAGGACUUCAGCAAACUUCAUGAUUAUUACGGCCAGGAGGUGAAGAAGGCGAGAGAGGAAUGGCUGAGGAGUCGACGGGCAGAAGAGGAGCAGCACAGUGACGGAGAUCUCAUCAACCUGGGGUGAAAGAAAGAGGAACUGAGCUGGAGUGACUUGUGUGUGUCAAAUAGGAACUGAACCUGAAGUGUUAGCGUUUGAGGCCCAGCCACCUGUAAAUGUGCUAAAAGUACCUCUGUUUCACAUGAUCAGCUUCAACCAUUUCUAUUCUGUUUAUUUGCCUGAGCCACGACAGCCUCACAGUGUCCAUGGUACGCAAUGAGGAACAAACAGAGACUGCUGCUGUCUGCACAUCUGCACCUUGUGGACAUUGAACAGUGUGCAGAUAGGCUCUACUCGCAGAACUUUGACUUGUCAUAGUAGGAAAAACACAGGUGUCACUAAUAACUUUAACAAUGGCUCUGUUCCAUUCAAGUGCCCCAGCAGGACAUGGCAGUGGCGGCGUGCACCAGGACCAGCUUACUGACGCUGACACAGCUGAAUGGAAUUCACUCGUGAUUAAUUUGAUCAGUUACACCUGUGUUUAUGCAUAACAGUUACCGGAGCAAUUGAAUAUUCACAUGUGCUGCAAUUAAAUUCAUCCAUGGCAUAAAAAGGCUUUAAGAUACAGUAUUAAGU